GCCGAUGUGACGCACCAAUCAUCUUGAGACAGUUUGACCUUCAAGUGCUCACAACCUCUAUCAGUGGAAGAUACCCCUGAAGCGUUGCUGAGGAUCGUCCUGGUUGCGGAAAUUGGAGUGAAUAAAAUGACAAGUUUUAUCAAGCUAAUCUGCUUCCAAUUCUCCUCAUCAGUAAAGCUAAGCGUCUCACGUUUCCCCUCUCAACAACUGCCAGUAAGGCCACAUCGUUCAGUUAGUUCAGCGAGUAACAGCUCUGUCACCACAUCAGAAAAACGUGGAAACCUUCCACCAGCUAGUGUAGCUGAGAAAGUAAAACAAACGACCAGAGAUGUUGGAUAUUUUACGGUAGUUCUUGGUGGCUUUGUGCUUACAGGCACCAUUUUAUAUGCAAUAACGCAGGAACUUUUUUCAUCCAGGAGCCCUAAUGGUGUUUAUAACAAUGCCUUCAAAAUUUGUAAAACUGACAGUCGAGUGCGUUUAUUGUACUUAGUCUUCUUGGAAGUUCUCUCAAGGCUCGUACCAGCCCCGACAGUCGUCGUAGAAGACAAACUAUUGCCUAUGACUCAUGGUAUGAUGACAAAGGUCGACUGCAUAUGGCAAUGAAAUUUUACAUUAAAGGUAAUUUGGCAUCUGGUGUAGUUUAUCUCGAGGUUGUAGAAAAUGAAUCUAAAGAAUUUGAUUAUCGAUAUCUAAUUGUCGAAACAGAAGGUGGUUUCUCAAAGAAACAAAUUAUACUUCGUUCAUUCUCGGAAGUUGAUAAUCCUAAUUUAUAAGUGAUCAAUGGUUAAAUGUACUAGAAAAAAAAACGCAAAUUUGAUAUCAUUUUGUACACAUGAAUAAUAAUCUAUACACGUUUAGCCAAUACAAAA